AUGGCAGACCAGAGACAGCGCUCACUCUCUACCUCUGGGCAGUCCCUGUACCAUGUACUGGGGCUGGACAAGAACGCAACCUCGGAUGACAUUAACAAGUCCUACCGGAAGCUGGCCUUGAAAUACCACCCUGACAAGAACCCUGAUAACCCGGAGGCUGCGGACAGGUUUAAGGAGAUCAACAACGCCCACGCCAUCUUGACGGAUGCUGCGAAAAGAAACAUCUACGACAGUUACGGCUCCCUGGGGCUCUACAUGGCCGAGCAGAUGGGGGAGAAGAACAUACCCUCCAGCUGGUGGGCCAAGGCCCUGUUCAUCUUCUGCGGGCUCCUCACCUGCUGCUACUGCUGCUUCUGCUGCUGCGGCAAGUGCAAGCCCAAGGCGCCGGAGGGGGAGGAGACCGAGUUCUAUGUGUCCCCCGAGGACCUGGAGGCGCAGCUGCAGUCCGACUAG